CAGUGAAUGCGUCACAGGCGGUACAAUUGUGUCUGCAACCAAUCAGAAUUCUACCCUGAUUUCCACGCUGACUAGCAAGUUCGGUUGCGCAGAACCCAUGUGGGUGCACUGUUGACGUGCUGCUGCUGCUGGUGUAAAUCUAACUUUUAUUCGCAGUAGGUGGAAUCUAUCACUAUGGCGUCAUCAUUUUUCGUUAAAAAGGCAGAUUACACCAAACCGGCGAAGAAAGUCAGGGCCACGCCGGCCGCAAAACGUGUAAAAGACUUGGAGACGAGCGAAAAGGGCGCCCAACGAGGGAAGAAAUCCAGCUCCAAAUACAAUGAAGAGAUUUCUAGUGACUCUGAAACGGAGGGACCAAUAGUGAGCAGGAGGAGGCAGAAGGCUGAGGAAGAUGAUUUUGAUGAAACACCACAGGAGAAGAAGCUCAGAUUAGCCAAACGUUACCUGGAACAGUUGAAGCAGGAAGAAGAAAACAAGGCAGAAGAGGAGACGUUUGAGAGUGACCUUAUUGCUGGAAGACUGCAAGAAGAAGUGCUGGAACAGAAGGGAAGACUUCAGCGACUUAUAGCUAAAGACAUUUUACCACCAGAUUCCUCUGAAAUCCGUCUUUUCAAAGGACACAAACUUCCCAUCAUCUGUCUGGUCAUCAGCCCCGAUGACAAGUGCAUCUUCUCUGCAGCGAAGGACUGCUCCAUCAUUAAGUGGGAUGUUGCGACUGGCAAGAAACUCCACACGAUACAUGGUGGGAGAAAAGGCACAGAUGACCGACACGUGGGACACACAGCCCACGUCCUGUGUAUGGCCAUUUCCUCGGAUGGCAAAUACUUGGCCACCGGUGACAUGAACAAGCUGAUCAUGAUUUGGGAGGCAGACACACUCAAGCAUCUGUACAAAUUCACCGGCCACAAAGGUCCAGUGUCGGGUCUGUCUUUCCGGAAGGGAACCCACGAUCUCUACAGCGCUUCUCACGAUCGCUCCAUCAAAGUUUGGAACGUGGACGAAAAUGCAUAUGUGGAAACGCUUUUCGGACAUCAGGACGUCAUCACAGGGCUGGACAGCCUCAGUCGAGAGCGCUGUGUGACCGCAGGCGGUCGUGACAGAACUGUGAGGGUUUGGAAGAUCGCUGAAGAGUCGCAACUGGUCUUUCAUGGCCAUGAGGGUUCCAUUGACUGCAUCCAACUGAUCAAUGAGGAGCACAUGGUCACCGGCGCUGAUGACGGCUCGGUGUGUCUUUGGAGUGUCAACAAGAAGAAGCCUCUUACCACGGUGAAGCAGGCUCACGGUUGCCAUGGCGACUGCGGGCUGGAGCAGCCUCACUGGGUGUCUUCAGUGGCUGCGCUUCACAACUCCGACGCUGUUGCCUCAGGUGCCUCUGGCUGUUCCCACAACUCACACGUGCAGUUAUGGAAGUGUGGACACAACUAUCGAGGGCUGGAGCCUCUGUUCUCCGUUCCAGUGCCGGGUUUCGUUAACUGCCUGAAGUUUGCCAGCUCGGGUCAGUUUUUGGUGGCGGGAGUUGGACAGGAACACAGGUUGGGCCGAUGGUGGAGACUAAAAGAGGCCAAGAACGGGAUUUACGUCAUUCCUCUGAAGAGGAAACCACCUCAAGAAGAAGCCUCAACCAAGGAAUAGGGCUCAGAUAUAUAUAUAUAUAUAUAUAUUUGUAUAAUAAAGGCU